UUAGCACUGAGCACUUAGAUCUUCUUCAGUGGUGCUUUGGCCAACAAAGAUACACUUUCUUAAAUGACACUCUCAUUCUCCCUUCUUGCUUAGGAAAAAGAAACAACUCUGCCGGGUUUUAGAGGGAAAAUUACAGUGAACAUCCAAGAAAGAGAAAAUGUUUGCAGGAGAAAAUGGUCUGCAAGGAGACCCAAGAUUGAAGGCCAUAUCAGAUGCCAUAAGAGUAGUCCCUCAUUUCCCUAAACCAGGAAUUAUGUUUCAAGACAUAACCACACUGUUACUUGAUCACAAGGCUUUUAAAGACACUGUGGAUAUUUUUGUUGAUCGCUAUAGAGAUAUGGAUAUCUCUGUUGUUGCAGGAGUAGAAGCCAGAGGCUUUUUAUUUGGCCCUUCAAUUGCAUUAGCUAUUGGUGCUAAGUUUGUCCCUCUACGUAAACCUAAAAAGUUGCCAGGAGAAGUCAUUUCUGAAAAAUACGUACUUGAAUAUGGCAACGAUUGUCUCGAGAUGCACGUUGGUGAUGUUAACCAUGGGGAACGUGCUAUUAUAAUUGAUGAUUUAGUUGCCACUGGUGGAACACUCUCUGCAGCAAUAACACUAUUAGAACGCGUUGGAGCUGAAGUUGUAGAAUGUGCAUGCGUUAUUGGGUUGCCUGAGUUCAAGGGAAAGUGCAGACUAAACGGGAAGCCACUGUACAUUCUUGUGGAGCCACGCCAGUAAACAAAUUGAUCUGUUUACAGAAUUAAUUGCGCAUUGCAGCUGAAAAUCUCCCAUUAUGUGCUUCUCUCCACCACUUUGAACAAAGUCGCUUUCUGAUGUUUUUCCUUUCCCUCCUUUGUAAUUCCCUGCUAACAGAAAUAAUUUUCAAGAAGAUGCAUUUACGCUUUCAGUUUA